AUGAUCCACGCUGCGCAGCGUGAGCUCCGCUUCCUCUCCCAGCGUGCCCCGCGCUUCAGGGGCGGUCCUGAUAGGGCCCCGCCCCCUCGUCCCGCCGAGGCUCCGCCCCCAGGCAGCGGCUCUCCGGGGAGGGCCCGGAGGCGGUGCGGGCGGGCCCGGCAAACACCCCUGCUGCGCUGGCGGGGGCUGCAGAGUGAGCGGAGCAGAGCGUGGGGCGGAGAAAGCGGCAGCGGUAGCGGUAGCGGCGGCGGUAUCGUCGGCGGCGGCAUCCCCAGUAGCAUCUGCAACUGCGAGGCCUACGACACGCGGACAGACCGGUGGCACAUGGUGGCGUCCAUGUCCACACGGCGGGCUCGCGUUGGAGUGGCUGCCAUCGGGAACCGGCUGUAUGCCGUGGGCGGCUACGACGGGACGUCUGACCUGGCCACCGUGGAGUCCUACGACCCCGUCACCAACGUCUGGCAGCCCGAGGUCUCCAUGGGCACCCGGCGCAGCUGCCUGGGCGUAGCCGCCCUCCACGGGCUCCUGUACGCCGCCGGUGGCUACGACGGGGCCUCCUGCCUCAACAGUGCUGAGCGGUAUGAUCCCUUGACGGGCACUUGGACAUCCAUAGCAGCCAUGAGUACCCGGCGGAGAUAUGUCCGUGUGGCCACGCUUGAUGGGAAUCUCUAUGCUGUGGGCGGCUAUGACAGCUCCUCCCAUCUGGCUACUGUGGAAAAAUACGAACCCCAGGUGAACACGUGGACGCCGAUCGCUACCAUGCUGAGCAGGCGCAGCUCAGCGGGCGUGGCUGUGUUAGAGGGGGCCCUCUAUGUGGCUGGGGGCAAUGAUGGCACCAGUUGCCUCAACUCCGUGGAGAGAUACAGCCCCAAGGCCAACGCGUGGGAGAGUGUGGCACCCAUGAACAUCCGCAGGAGCACUCACGAUCUGGUGGCCAUGGACGGAUGGUUGUACGCGGUCGGCGGGAACGACGGGAGCUCCAGCCUGAACUCCAUCGAGAAGUACAACCCUCGCACCAAUAAGUGGGUGGCCGCCUCCUGCAUGUUCACCCGUCGGAGCAGCGUGGGGGUGGCCAUCCUGGAGCUCCUGAACUUCCCCCCACCCUCCUCGCCUACGCUCUCCGUGUCCUCCACCAGCCUCUGACCUGGCCAGCCGAGCCCCUCAGGGACCCCAGGAGCAGGCCCCGAGCUCUAGACAGCCAGGCUCUGAGGGGGCCCUGGCCUGGAGACACAGAGACCCCAAAGGAGACGGAGGCCCCCAUCCCCGGGGCGCGGGUCCUCCCCACCGGGCCUGUCUGUCUCUUGCAGAUGCCUUAAUGCUCCCCCGUCCCAGGAAGGGAGGAGGAGGGGGCAGCUCCUGCCUCGCACGUGGAGGCUCAGAGCAGCCACAGACCCUGGGCUCGGCCUCUAGCCUCCCUCCCCUCCCUGCUCCUGGGGCCUGGGGCCUCGCCCCGGAGCACUGUCUGCGUCUGCCCAUGUUCGUCUAUUUAUGUAUUUAUUAUUAUUUAUGAGACGUCCCAGCCAUCUCCCGCCCCUUUUAUAUCCUCGAUCUCCCCCGGCACCGGAGGAAGUGGAGGGUCCUUCGGGAGCCGAGCCCCAGGUUCGCUGUCCCCUCAGUGGGAUUGGUGAGGACGGUCGGGGCCCUCCCCAGACAGGCACCGAGAGACAGACAGACAGCGCCAUGCAGGAGACGCAGGGACAGCCUUGGCCAAGGCACCGAAGGCCCGAAGGAGACGCCCAAGAAGGGAGCAGAGAAGAGCGGAGGGACACCCUGGAGCUCCGAUGGAGCGCACAGACCCGAGAGACAGGCCCAAAGCUCAGCCUUGGAAAUGGGAGCCGGCGGCCUGGGACCACUCAUCCCCUGUCGUUUCUGUGCAGUGUCGUCUGUUCCCCUGAAUGAUGCACUGAGCUGGACAUACGCACACACAUCCCUGUGCACCCCAGGCAUACGUGUGGACGCUGCCACCAACAUACAUGCCUUCAUGCACUUAAACACGCACAGCAAUAUGAGCCUACCUGACUAAUAAAGG